AUGACGAAUAACAAUAAUGUGACGCAGUCCCGCCAAAUCAGACGCUCUCUUUAUCAUGCUCAUCGUCACCGUGCCCGUCGUCCAAUUGUUUUCGAUCGCUUUGGGCUCGUUCCACUUGAUCCUCGAGCUCGUACCACAGAUACGAACUAUGGCGAUUUACAGGAGUUUUGUGCUCCGUAUCGUCACCAUGACGCUCCAAACGGCACGAAUGGCGCGAUUUAUUCGUUUGUGGCUGUUAUUGGGUUUACGGCUGCACAGAUGAGAGGUGAAAUUAUGGAAGAGGCGAGAGAGCAGAGAGGACAGGGUACAGGAGGGACCCCGG